AUGGAUAGCUAUUAUACGUCGCUGGAGGAGCUAGGCCCUGCCGCCCUUGCCAAGCGAGAUAAAGUCGAGCAGGUCAAGGCUCGCAUUGGGGUUUCGAAUGGGCACUUGGAUGCGUGGAUUUAUAGCUUCCUGGAGAACAAAAACUUUGAUGUGGAGGAGACGGUCGCGAAGCUGGAGCGUCGCUUCGCGAUGGAGGUGAACGAGCUCGCGACCUACGAGCUCACCGAGUACAAGCGUCAAUCUAUGCGAUCCGGGGUGGUUCAGGAAAUCGGGCGCGAUCGGAAAGGCCGUACCAUUUUAUACGUCAAAGUGAAACGCGAUUUCCCCCAGGCGAAGCACCGCGCGGAGCGGCAGGAGCUCUUCGACAUCUACCUCAGCUACGCGACGCGGCUUUGCCCGGAUCACAAGCGCUGCCAGAUGAUCCUCCUCGUCGACCAAGAGGGCGCGAGUAUGUUCAAGAACAUCGACAUCCCUUCCUCCGCCGACCUCAUGCUGCGCGUUUCGAAGUAUUUCCCAGGGGCGGUGGAGAAGGUUUACAUCUGCAAUAUGGGCGGCGCCCUCGCGCGGAUCGCGCGGCCGAUUAUCUCGCGCAUGCCGGAGGUCGUUUCGCGGCGUUUUGAGGUCUUUAGCACGCGUGAGCAGCAGCUGCGGGGGCUGCGGGAGGUCGUCGACGACGAGGUCCUCCCGGAGAGCCUCGGGGGGCGGCGGCAGCUGCGCGAGCCCGCCGUGUGGGAGCGCUUCGCCGCGCGCGUUGAGGCCUACUUCACCGCCCUCCAGCACGAGCUCACCGGCAAGAAAACCGCGGAGGCUUCAAAAGCGGAAAUCCACGAAGCCAAAGCGGAAGAAGAGGGGAUUGGGCGGUGCGUGAAGGCGUGGGAGCUGCGGUGGAGUGGCAUCUGCCCGCGGACGGGGGUGGUGCUCGCGAGCCCUUCUCUUUCCAGUCCCGCGACCUCCCAGAUGUGGGGGGAGAAAAAUCCGGAAAACGGCGAAAUUGAACGAAGCGUGAAAAAUGGCGAAAGUGGGGAUAACGGCGAGAGUGGUGAGAACGGCGAAAGCGGGGAAAACGGCGAGAGCGGGGAGGAGGAGGAGGAGCGGAGCACCCUAGCAAGCUUCUCCGAAAGCGGCGAUUCGUUAGAGGGGUGCCUGGGGGGGGAGUGGGCGGAAUAG